AGAGAUGUCAUUUUACACUUGCUGGGCUGAACCUCCGUACCUUUUCAUCAUCGACACACUGUAUGUGGAUAAAGGAUGCCAAACCUAUCGUAUCAAUCCAUUCGUACAAUAUCACGUUCAUUAGGUUCGGCCGUAGUCAGCAAUCUCAGGCUUCACCUAACCUCUUAUUUUCGACAAACCGGUCCAGAAGACUCAAGCCUUGAUUAAGCUUCAGCAGUCAGCCUUAAAAAUCGAAGACUUAAAGAAUUGAAGAAUUUCAGGACUUGGCAAGCCUUGAAAGAAAUCGGAAACAAUAACCCAACGCGUUGGAUCAUGGAGAUACAUCAUCCCCUCCCAAACGUUCGUGGAUGGAAGCCUGCUGAUCGAUCCAUAUUUCGAGAUCAAGGACCCCAAUCAUUUCUCUUGAUCUUAAAAAUCGAUCCCAAAUCGAUCCAUCCUUUCUCAGCCAUUGUUCCAGAUGAACCAUUCAGAAACGCGGAAACUCCCAGCCUCAAACCCUUCCUUCCCCUCACCUAUGAAGAUAUACGAGACCACCUGCCACACCAAGCACCAAAUUCCAACUCACUCUCACCAAACCAUCCAAAUUCUUAUCCCCAAAAUUCUACCUAUCAAUAUCUUCUCCUCUUCUCUCCAUCCAUCCUCACAACCUCAUCCAUCCAUCCAUCCUCCCCAACCCACCCAACAACCACAACCUCAACCAAUAAAUCCUGAAGCCACCCCUUCCCUUCUCUCCAUCCCAACCCCCCUCCUCGCUGUGGCAGAAUCUCUCUCGCUUAUAUCCGAAACAAGGAAGUCGGAUCGUCUCUUUGAGACUUUGAGACUUUGAUCAGCGCAUGGACUAGGGAGGUUGGAGGCUCGAGAUUGAGUUCGAGACGGGAUGUAUAUCGGUAUCGGGAUCGGAUUCGGGAGAUCGGGAAAUCGGAAUUUUCGGGUGGGUGGGGGAGAUUGGAGGGUUGUGGGAGGAGAGGGGAGGAGAGGGGAG